AAAUUUUAUGUCACAAAUAAUUCAUAUCCAACGUGUUCAUUAUCAUCUCAAGAGUUAAAUAAUAAUUACUUACGGGAAAAUCAUUCACAGCGGAUAUUCCCGGACUCCAAGGCAAUUGCUAUGCUUACAGCUAAUUUCAAAAGUUGCGGACAUGUAAAUUUUUUAUCGGCACUGUCGGAUUGUUCGGGAAUGUCGGAAAUGUCGGUGCCAAUCAAAUUACAGUAUUAG